AGAUGCCAAAAAUAGCACCUCCUCUUGUUCAGCACCCAAAGUCGAAGGAUAGCUCUGGCCUUUCAAUGGAAGAAAGUGCUAGAUUUGUCAGUGUUGUAUAAUACUAUAACCAACUCUCAGGUUCCAUAUUUUGUUUUGGGGCGAUCGCGGUUUGUCUUCACCUGUUGUGAGAGACAAGAGCUGGCGUCCAACAUGCGUAAAAAUCAACGCUGUCCAAGCAGGGAACCGCCGAGAAACGAAUUACCGCCGCUCAACUGAGGCCAAUCUCGAUUUAUCUUUUUUUUUUUUCUUGAAUAAGGAAACAUUAACUCAGCUAGCUGGCUAACAUCACUUCUGCGGGUAGCUUGGAUAACAACAUAUCUUCAACUUGUAUCGAAGCCACAUAGCCGGGAUUGGAACUUCACUCGCACAGCGCAGGAGAAAAGUUGUAGGCAGCGAUGGGUGCGUUCCUGGACAAGCCGAAGACGGAGAAGCACAGUGCCCACGGCGACGGAAACGGGCUGCGCUACGGUCUGAGCUCCAUGCAAGGCUGGCGGGUGGAAAUGGAGGACGCCCACACGGCGGUGGUGGGCCUUCCCCACGGACUCACCGACUGGUCUUUCUUCGCCGUUUACGACGGCCACGCCGGCUCGCGGGUCGCCAACUACUGCUCCGGGCACCUGCUGGAGCACAUCCUGUCAGGAGGCGCCGAGUUUGGAUCGGGGCCGGGCUCCGUGGAGGGCGUGAAGGACGGGAUCCGCUCGGGCUUUCUGAACAUUGACGAAUACAUGCGCAACUUCUCCGACCUGCGGCAGGGCCUGGACCGCAGCGGGUCGACAGCCGUGUGCGUGCUGCUCAGCCCCACUCACCUCUACUUCAUUAACUGCGGCGACUCGCGGGCCGUGCUGUGUCGAGACGGAAAGGUGGGCUUCUCCACUCAGGACCACAAGCCCUGCAACCCCCGCGAAAAGGAGCGCAUCCAGAAUGCUGGCGGCUCGGUCAUGAUCCAGAGGGUAAACGGCUCCCUGGCGGUGUCGCGGGCUCUCGGGGACUACGACUACAAAUGUGUGGAUGGUAAGGGCCCCACGGAGCAGCUGGUGAGCCCGGAGCCGGAGGUUUGCGUGUUGGAGCGGGCGGCCGAAGGAGACGAGUUUGUGGUUCUGGCGUGCGACGGAAUCUGGGACGUCAUGUCCAACGAAGAGCUGUGUGAUUUUGUACGAUCACGAUUAUUGGUUUGUGAAGAUCUGGAAAAGAUCUGUAACUCGGUGGUGGACACCUGUCUUCAUAAGGGAAGCAGAGACAACAUGAGCGUGGUGUUGGUGUGUUUGCCCGGAGCGCCUAAGAUCUCAGAGGAGGCCAUGAAAAAAGAAGAAGAAUUGGAUAAAUAUCUAGAAACGCGUGUUGAGGAGCUGCUGGGAAGCUGUGGGGAGGACGGAGUCCCUGACCUGGUGUCUGUCCUAAGGAAUAUCGCCUCAGAAAACAUCCCCAACCUUCCGCCUGGUGGAGGCCUGGCCAGCAAACGCAGUGUUAUCGAGGCGGUGUACAACAAACUGAACCCUCACAGAGAAGAGGAAGGGGGGGGAGGAGAGGAGGAGGAGGAUAAGGAGGAGAGUGAGGAGGGAGGUGGCAGCACAGCAGCUCAUCUGAUGGAGGCUCUGCGGCAGUUCCGUCUCCACCACCGGGGGCAGUAUCGCACAGUGCUGGAGGAGUCUCUGGCCGCCUACCAUCUGCGAGGGGAGGGCACUGUCGAGGGCGCCGGGGAGAUCAGGAGGACCUCUGAUGACGGCGAUGAAGAAGAGGAGCAGACCGACUCCCCGCGCUCGCCCCCGCCCUCGCCCGCUGCUGUGGAGGCGGAGGCCGGCCAAGAUGCCCCAAAGCCUGAUAUCUCCUCUGACUGAGCGCGCAGCCAAUCAUCCACCCUCCUCCAGGGAUGACCUCACUCCUCUUUCCCCAGCCACAGACCUUGACUAGGCAGAUUGGCCAUUGUUUUGUUAAUUUUCUCACUAAUUAGAAACAUUUAAUAAUCAUAUUAAAAUAAAAGCAGCCUUUCUGUGUAUUCAAAUUCUGUUUCCAACUCUCCACCGUUUAAAGAAGAGUCUGUUUCCUUGUUUUGUAGAAACCAGUCAACCGUAAUAUGUUGGUUGUUGCUGAAAUCAAAGUGAAACUUCCCAGUGCUUACUUUGGGCUUACAUUCUUCCUCCCUCCUCCUCUUCCUCUGCUCUCCUUCUCUUUCCCUCACUCCAUGAUUGACUCAGAACACACAGUUUGUCUCUUUGCACACCAGAAAAUGAAAUUAUUAUAUGAAUAAGUGAGUAAAUGUAGCUCAGAGCGUCCGAACAAAAGCUUUAGGUGGAAAAAACGUGAAAACUGAUUUGUUUGCAGAUGCAUUUUAUGUGUUCGUAGAUCUUAUCUGCCCUCAUCGACCUUUGACCUUCUCUUAAUCCAAACUACCUGGAGGGCGAAUGCAGAUACCUGGUUAGAAGAAAAAAAACGAACAAAACAAUUUACAACACAUAUAAUGCCUUCAACAUUUAUUAGCACCCCUUGGUGAAGAUGUGUUUAAAAGAUUUAAAGUUUUUAGAAGGAAGUUUUUAAUAAACCGCUUGGCUUUCUACUACAUUUCAUUAGAUUGAAGCAUUUAGAAAGAUGCCCGUUCAUUUUUGCACAACAAUCAUCCAGAAACUUUGGUCUUCUCUGAUUUUCUCUCAUCAGCUCUUCCCACCGGUUUUCUACAGGAUUUGGGAGAAAAAGAUUGAUUUUGGAUCGAUAUUCUGAUUUAAAAAAAAUUAAUGACACAUUUUCACUUUACGAGGAAUGGAGUCCACCAGAUUGUUAUUUAGAAGGAAAACCAGACCCGCAGUAUCACAGAUCCCCCACUUUACUUAACAAUCAGGAUAAGUUAAUUUUCUACGACGGCGUAUUAGGGCCACAUUAAGAAAAUAUUCACAAAAGAUUACGAGAAGAAAAUCUCACUUUCCUCUCAUAAAGUCAAAAUAUGAGAAUGAAGUUGUCGUAUUACAAGAACAAAGUGGCAAUAUUAUAUUAUUUCCAUCCCUCUGUGCGUGGCCUAGCAGGCAGCCAUUAAAAGAAACUACAGUGUGUCGUGUCAUGUUUGUUCCCUAGUGCAACAAAAAGCUUUUGAGAAGUUCCUAGAAACUGUUCAACUUAAAGAAGGAUAAAAUAGAAAUUUUUAGAGAUUUUACCAAUAAGUGUUAAUAAAUAAAAAGAUAGUAACAUGAAUAGAGAUUUUUCAGUUUGAGAUUUAGCUGCUGUGCUGAAGUCUUGAGGGUUUUUAAACAUCUUUAUCAAGGUGGGUUAAUAAAUCUGGCUGCAAACAUGAAACAUGCUCUUGUGCAAAUCUAUGUCAGAUAAUGUAUACAAUCCCUCUCUGCUGAUGUUGACAUGUAAAGAUAAAAUUCAUGUGAAAGACAGCUUUAGGUCGGUGCAAGAUAUUUACAAGCAUGCAGUAACUCCUAACUCUCCAUACAUGAAGCAUAUUUCUCUCCAGGCCUUUCACUUCUGUAACUCCUCAGCACUGGACGCUUCAUCUAAAAUGUUUACUCUUCUUUAAAUGCAGCUAGUCGGGGAGUUUUGUUUGUCCGGUAAUGCACGCACUGCAAUUAUCCGCUCAAAAGCACUUAGCAAUCUGAGGCAAGAUUUAUGCUAAAACCGUCUGUAUGUGUGUGUUUAUGAAUCAGCUGUUUGUAUGUGGGACCUAAUGAGUCCUGCAAGAAUGACACAAUUAUCAAAUAAAAAGAUUCAAAACGCA